AUGGAAAAGUUCAAAUCGACAUAUGUCAAGAAUUUCCUUGAAAGAGUUCGUAUUGAUGGGUUGUUGGAGGAUUAUCUGAGAACCCUGACAGGAUUGGAAGACAGAAUAAGAAAAUGUUAUGCGGAGCAAGUUGAAAUGAGAAGUGACAAGUUCUUGAGGAUGAUUAUAACCGAUUCGUGCUUCAUAUUUGAGUACUUUCUUCGGUUAGUGUCGGACCAGCAGUGGGCAGUUGAAGAUUAUGUAUUACUAAAACCAUGGUUGGUAGGAGCCAUACACGUCGACCUGAUAUUACUUGAGAAUCAAAUUCCAUUCUUUGUUUUGAAAGAACUGUACAACAUGGCAAUUCCAAGCUCAGGAACUCCCUUUCCGGAACUUACCUUGACAUUUUUUAAUGAUUUGAAAGUGAACAAGGUACAACAUAAUGCCAUCGUAGAGAUCGAACGAGUGGAGCACUUCACUCAUCUAAUAAGAGAGUUUUUCUUGCCACCAACUAAAGAGAGACUCUUCAAGCGGGAAACAAGUAUCAAGGUAGUGGAACAUUUGCCCAGUGCUAGUCAGCUGCAUGAAAUAGGGUUAAAGUUUAGGGCAGUGAAAAAGAAAGGCUCAAUUCACUUACGCUUUGGAAAUGGUGAGUUGGAAAUGGCACCCUUUAAAGUAUAUGAUGACAUAGAAAUACACAUUAGAAAUGUGAUGGCAUUUGAACAAUGCCACUAUGCUGACAAUCAUUAUGUGAGUCAGUAUAUGUUUUUACUAGAUUUCCUUAUAAACACUGAUAAAGAUGUGGAAUUGCUGGUGGACAAAGGCAUUAUCACUAAUGCGCUAGGCGACUCCAAUGCAGUAGCUACAAUGGUGAACAGUCUCAGAAAAAAUAUCAUAACACCAGGUGUACACUCUCAUUACCAUGAAGUUUGUUGUCAAGUAAAUAAAUUUUAUCGUAGCAGGUACCACAGAUGGUGCACAAAUUUGAGACGUGACUACUGUGGCACCCCAUGGAAAAUUGUUGGUUCUGCUGCCGCCGUGUUACUCAUUGUCUUCACUUUUGUUCAGACUAUAUGCUCUGUCAUUUCGGUUAGCUGA